GCGCACCGCUCAGUCACUUGGCUACGUGUACCCGGUGUUUGUGUGUGGUUCAGCUGUCUCACCUCUGCUGGGUGCUAGCGGCCAUAGAAACACCUCCGGAGCCUUAAGAGCGACAGCAUGGGAGGGUCUCAGAGCGUGGAGAUACCGGGCGGAGGCUCCGAGGGGUACCACGUCCUCCGGGUUCAGGAGAAUUCCCCUGGACACCGUGCAGGGCUGGAGCCUUUCUUUGAUUUCAUUGUCUCCAUCAAUAAUACCAGACUGAACAAGGAUAAUGACACUCUGAAGGACUUGUUGAAAGCCAGUGUAGAGAAACCAGUGAAGAUGCUGGUUUACUCCUCGAAGACUCUGGAGCUGCGGGAGUCCACCGUCACACCCAGUAACCUGUGGGGAGGGCAGGGCUUGCUUGGUGUGUCCAUUCGUUUCUGCAGCUUUGAAGGAGCCAAUGAGAAUGUUUGGCAUGUGCUGGAAGUGGAGCCAAACUCCCCAGCAGCCCUGGCCGGCUUGCGGCCGCACACUGACUACAUCAUCGGAGCCGACACUGUAAUGAAUGAGGACUCCGUCCUGCAGUCAGAGGACCUGUUCUCUCUGAUAGAGAGCCACGAGGGGAAAGGCCUGAAGCUCUAUGUGUACAACACGGACACUGACAACUGUAGAGAGGUGGUCAUCACACCCAACACUGCCUGGGGAGGAGAGGGCAGCCUUGGAUGUGGGAUUGGUUAUGGAUACCUUCACAGGAUUCCCACUCGGCCUUUUGAAGAAGGGAAGAAGAUCUGCUUCCCUGGAAAUAAUCCCAGUGAGCCCAUCAGUCCACUGAAGGAUGGAUUCACUGAGGUCCAGCUUUCAGCAGUGUCUCCUCCUCCCGCUGCAUCUGCUGUCCCCACAAGCCUAGAAGAUGCACUGUCUGGCCUGUCAAUCAGCACAGCCCCACCCACCAUGCCCAGCGAGCUGCAGACAGGUUUGCCCACAGUCCCGCUGCUCUCCUCUUCCACCAGCCCCUCCCUCAGUCCCCUCAUUCCACUGAAUCGUGCCGCCACCAGCUUCAACCCUGCCACCACGCUACCAGGUCUGAUGGCCCUCCCAGGUGGCUUACCUCCUCUCCCUAACCUCCCCAACCUCAACCUGCCACUCCCAGACCUCAGUGCCUUGUCACUAGCAGGCACCAGCACUUUACCGCCACUGGGAACAGUCCCUCAUCUGGCCUCUCUCCCACCCCUCAACUUGCCGGGUCUGGUCCCGUUCCCCCCUCUUUCCACCAUGCUGCCCUCCCAGGUGCCUCCUCUCCUGCCUCAGGGACUGGCCCCUCUCUUACCCACCACCACCGCCGCUGUCACAGUCACAGCGGCACCUGCUGUCGCCCCCGCCGCCGGCUUCACGGCGUCCACGGAAGCCCUCCCAACGAACGCCACGGAAUCCCCAGCUCCCACGGAAAUAACACAAACGUCGUCAUAACCUGGGAAAGAAGAUCGCACCUGCCAUUAAAACCAAAACACACAUCCGGUUUCUCUUUUUCUCCUCCCCCGUCUGUCUUUAUCUGUGUUUUUUCUAUUUAUUUGGCCCAGAGGGACAGGCAGAACGGCUGCACUAGAUCAGACACAGGCCAGCAUGCUCCAGCUGUGGGUGAGGAAGCUUGUGUGGAGUGAGGAAGGAUGAAUGGAUAUGAAGAUUGGGGGACAGAUCUAGACUCUUACAAACAUUUUAUUAUUACCUGAUUGUCACGGAGCUUUCCUAAGCUACUGUAUGAGGAGGAAGAGGUCUACUCUUAGGUUUGUAGUUUGCUUCGCACUUCUGCCGUUACAUCAAGAGGAAAUAUCCAUCUUAAGAUUUUCCCCUUUUCUGAUCUGGCAAUCCUCCGUUUCAUAGUUAUAUAUGUAUGUUUUCUAUAUAAACAGUUUAUCUCAAUGGGGCUGGUGAUAAUUUGAAUUCAGAGAAUCACUUCCCUACAUCAUGUUACAAAUGGAAGUUCAACCAACCAAUCAGGAGUAAACCAUUAAACAUAUUAGACGUGGACACAGGAAAUAAUGAAGUACUGCUGUAUUAAAACAAUAGGUAAAUAUGAACAUGUUUUAUAUUACUUGUCUUAUCGUCCAGCCCUAACAUGUAGCCUUUUAUUAUUAGCUAAUAGACACCCCCAUUGACCAAUAGAUGAAUUUGAUUGACAUGUAUUAAUUGUUUAGUUAAGUGUUUCCACCCAAUGAAUGAAUCUGCAUUAUUUUUGCACCACCUUUGUGUUUUGAAAUUAUUAGUAUGUCCCUUUUUUUUUUUUGUAUGUGUCCAUGUUUGAACCCUGAACUCUCAGUGCACGUUGAGUCGACCACACGGUGACGGUUACAGUCUGAAGUACAUACCAGAAGAGACGCACGCUUACAGUCACAAGAGCUACUGAGUAGAGCUUGUGGUUGUUAUUAGGCUAAACGGGGAUGUAGAAAUAUUAAAUUAGACACUAGCGUCUCCUGGCAUGGUCAGAGCUAUUUGGUGAGCAGUGAUGCAGUAUAGGCACAAGGUGGUGCUGUAACAGGUUUCUGAAAACAUCUGCAGGAUGCACAGUGCAAGCAAUAAAGCCAAAUAAAUUUUA